AUGAAUUAUAACGACAACACAUUCAAUACCAUGCCGGGUAACAACAGCAAUAAACGUCUGACAAGACGUCCUAUGGAAACACCUGGUUUAGAUGUGAAUAGUAUGCCUCCACAACAAGUACAAUACAACUAUGCCCAACCAACUAUGUACUCUCAGCCACCAGAGCCUCAAACAAUGCCUUCUCAACAACAAUUCUAUUACAAUGACUUUACACCAAAUCCAUCAUCACAACAACAUGGGUAUGGAAAUAGUGAUUUUGGAUAUGUUGGAUCAAUGCCAACAGAUAACAUAAAUCACCGACAACAUUACACGCCAAGCCCGGGUCCAAGUCCUCAACAAACACAACCAAUAAUGUUUAAUCCUUCAAAUAAUUUGGUUGAUGCAUUUGGAAGUAAUCCACUUUUGGCAGGAGUAACAGUGCGAUAUGGACAGAAAAUUUUAGGACAGGUUGUUGAUGAAAAUGUUGGAAAAUAUACGAGCGGAAUAAGUUCAGAAAUAAAACGUUAUUUUGCUGUAGACACCCGUUAUGUGAUCAGCAAACUUGGUUUAUUAUUGUUUCCGUUUGUCCAUACAGAUUGGUCAAUUAUGCUAGAAUCAACCGAGCAAUCCGAUGAUCGUCGACGAGCAAGACCAAAAACAGAUGUCAAUGCACCAGAUCUUUAUAUUCCUACUGUAGCUUUUGUAACAUAUUUACUGUUUUUGGGUCUCAUUCUUGGUAAACACGGGCAAUUCAGUCCAGAACUUUUAAGUGUACAGGCUUCUCGUGUUCUUGCUUGGGAAGUAAUAGUGGUUUUAGUGGAAAUAAUGGCACUAUAUGUUACAAAUAUACAAAGUUCAUUACGUGCUUUUGAUCUAACGGCUUAUUCAGGAUACAAGUAUUUUGGAAUUAUAAGCUGUAUUCCAAUUGGUUUACUUUUUGGAGAAACUGCAUUUUAUCUUGCCUUACUAUACAUUGGAAUUGCAUUUAUGUACUUUUUGUUAUUUUCAAUGAGAUGGCAGUUGAAUUCAAUAGCAACAGUUGCAAAUGUUGGCCAACCGGUAGUAAUGGUUGAGUACAAACGUAAGAGAACAUUAUAUUUCCUGAUUUUAGCAGUGGCCAUUCAGCCAAUAACUACAUGGUACCUAAUAUCAUAUUUAACAUUUACUAUGAGAUGA